AUGAAGAUGUUGUUUAUCAUGAACGUCUCAGUGCUGUUACUGCUCAUCUGUCCAUCCGUCAUCUCUAAAGUUAUCGACUUCAGUAAGUGUAGUCAGUUUUUUAACCAAGAAAAGCCUCCAGUGAUUCCUGGCAUUCUGGAGAAUUCGCACUCCAUGGAUAAUCGAUACAAAACGAUCUGUCAAGAAUAUGAGAAUGAGUACAGAUUUGCGACGCUCUACGACACAACAAACAGGAUUCCAGUUUUCUCAGCUUACAGAUUCACUGAGAAACAGAGUAAAUGCAAGAGACCACAUAUUAAAUGGAGGAUCGAGCCUGAGCUUGAACUUCUCACCAGUGAUAAGAUGAAAGUGAAAAUCUCGUAUGAAAAUCAAGCUACAGAUGAAGAUUAUACCAAUAAUAACUAUAAUGUGAAUCGCGGUCACUUGUUUCCCAGCUGUCAUUCAGGUGAUGAAGUCACAGCUCGCUCUACAUUCACACUGACCAACGCUGUGCCACAGAAGAUCAGCUUUAAUAGCGGCAGCUGGAAUCGCUUGGAAAUGAAGACUAAAGACCUGAUGGAUAACUACUGCCGUGACAAAAAUGAUCAAAAUAAAGUUUUGGCCCACGUGUUGACAGGAGCUGUACCUGGUAACAAUAAACUAAACAACCGAGUGAAUAUACCAUCAUACAUGUGGAUGACUUUCUGCUGCUAUAACAGCACCUCCAGUUCAUGGGUUUCACAAGCUUACUGGGCUCCAAAUGAAGAUGAAAAUAAAAUCAUUACAAUCAGUAAAAUAAGCCUGGGGAAAUUACAAGAAUUCUUGAGUGAGGAAUGGGUAAAAAUCACAAAGCUAUUUGACAACAACAACUGUAAAUAAUAAAAUAGUUACAUCCCGCUGAAAAAAAGAUUUAGAAGCAAAAAUAUAACGCUUGAAAUAAAUAUUUGCAGAAUAAGAGACUUUUUCGUCAAAAUGUGAUCCUGUCUGUGAAAUCCAGUCUCAUUAUUUAAUGAUGAGAUUUUGAGAACCAAAGUUUAAUUUCAAUCUUUGACAUGAAUUUGCUCAGUUAAUAUUAAAAUAUCAAGAUACAAUUUUCACAGAAUGAUCUUUACAUCAUGUCGGAUGAUUUUACGUAGAAAACAAUAAACAAAGGUUUUUAUAGGCAGGAUCAAUAUUUAGCUCUUUAAGCGUCUUAUAGUCAUUCUGCAAUCCAAAACUAGUUACAAAAGCUUCUUAGCACACACAUAACAAAUAAAGUUUAGUCAAGUAUACAUUUAUGUAUUGUGUGGAAGUAUUUCUUAUAUAAAAAGUAACUGUAGUUAAUUCUGUUGCACUUAAUAAAAACUUCUACAC